GAUUGUUCGAUUCUUUCAUCUCCUGAUGGAAUACUUUUUUUCCUGUUUUUGACGUGGGAGUGAGUUGGAACAGGUUAUGUUGGAGUGAGUACUGCAUGGAAUCGAUUCAGGCCUCUUUAGGUAUGUUUUUUAUUUAUUCUUCAAGCUGUAAGUUGUUGAAGCUCUUCCGUCGUAUGCAAAAGCAUAUUUUGUUUUUACUCGCAGUUUCCUGUCCUGAAACAGGAUCUGUGUUGUGUUCCAGGGCCACGAAGAUACUGCCGUCUGUUCGGGUCGUGCCCCUUAAUCACAUACAGUACAGUAUUCGAUUCAACGUUCGUGCUUCAAGUGUGCCUUCGUGCGUGCACGUGAAGUCGUGAUUCUCAGAUUUUCUUUCCAGUGUCUGCAUCCCCAUACGGUGUGUGUCUCCCGGGAUUUGAAGCCGGUUCGGCGAAUGAACAACGCAGUUCUGUGAAUUAGUUCGUGGUAUUUUCUGCAUUGUGACGCAAUUCAAGAUGAGUUCGAAAGGUAAAAUCGGCAUCAUGGGAAGUGGUCUUAUUGGUCGAAGUUGGGCGAUGUUGUUCGCCAGUGUUGGGUAUCCUGUUCAGUUGUUCGACGUGAGCGACGAGCAGCUCAAGAAAGCUCUUGAAGACAUUGCGAAUCAAAUGAAAAGCUUGGAAGCUGAUGGAACCCUAAGAGGUUCACUGUCAGCCGAACGCCAGCUCAGUUUGAUAUCAACGUCUAAAUCGCUGGAAGAAACCGUGAGCGACGCUUGGUACGUUCAAGAAUGCGUUCCGGAAUCGUUGGACGUGAAGAAGGAAGCUUUCAAGAAACUGGACGAUGUGGUGGAAUCUCUGGGAAUUGGGAACAAGGUUAUACUUGCUAGUUCCUCCAGUACAAUCGCUUCGUCGCUCUUCUCUGAAGGCUUGAAGCACAAGGCGCGGGUUUUGAUAGCUCAUCCGGUGAAUCCGCCGUAUUAUGUGCCGUUGGUCGAAAUUGUUCCUACUUCGUGGACUGAUGCCGAGGUCAUUUCGGGCACGAAGAACUUGAUGCUGGAAAUUGGCCAGGCUCCUGUUGUUUUGAGGAAGGAAGUCAUGGGGUUCGCGCUGAAUCGCAUCCAGUACGCUAUUCUGAACGAAUGCUGGAGGCUCGUCUCGGAUGGGAUCUUGGAUGUGAAAGAAGUCGAUGUCGUGAUGUCCGAAGGACUUGGUAUGCGGUAUGCCUUUCUGGGUCCCUUGGAAACGGCGCAUCUGAACGCCCAAGGAAUGGCGGAAUACAUUGACAAGUACGCCGCUGGAAUUUACAAAACUUCCAACGAUUUUGGCCCCAUUCCCAACAUGGCAACCAGCGAAGCCAAGGACCAGAUCAUCUCGCAAUUAGAAGCCAUGGUUCCGACGAAAGACUUGGACCAAAGAAGGCGUUUCAGGGAUAGAGCUUUGCGUGCCUUGUCCAAAAUAAAGAAUGAACUCGCGUCUGAAUAAUUAUAACGACUCGUACACUUCUUGAGGGUAUCGAAACCGACUUGAAGUUCUGCUGGGAUUUCAUAGAUUGCCAACUUGCUUAAAAAUAACCUUAUGCGUCGCUAGGCGAUUUCGUGCGAAAAUUUGAUGUGAUUAUGAAUAUUAAUUUACAGUCUGGGUCUUGAGAGAAAAGUCAGUGAAUUUCGUUUUUGAAGAACCUUCGUGCGUGAAUUUGCUGCGUAAAAAAUGGAAGGUCGAUUUCUCCUCACGGAGUAAGCUUAAAAAUUUAUUGAAGUUCAUUGCCCUUUGGAUUCGUGUUUUGUGUCCUUUUCGUGUGUAUAGAAACGACACGGAGUCAUGACACGAAACGGAGUCCCUGCUGUGUUACCGGUUCAGUGGGGGAAUCGCAUGACCGGGGUUAUUCAACUCGGUGGAUUCCUUGGAAAAAGGUCAUGAAUUAUCGAGGUCGUGAUGUCGGGAAUCGGUUUCUUUUCUUCCCAAUUUUUACGCUGCAAGGAAAUAGAAAAUUCCGAAUUUACGGGAAAAUAACGCGCCAUAUUCUCUGGCCUACACCUGCAGUUUUCAAGCCUUGAAUUUGAAAGAAGUUUGCUUCUAAACAAAAUCAUGAAUCCGAGAUCAUUCGUUGCCCAUUAUGCGAAUAAGAACUCUUGUAGAAAGUAUUAAAUUUUUCUUAUUUAUGCAAUCGCAAUCGCAGGUAGUGUACGGUAAUGUGAAGAUGAGCGGAUGAGAUAUUUUUCAUUUGAAUGGAGGCACGUUUUUGGAUCGCACUAAACGUGAAUCCUGAUGUGAGAGUCUAAGGCUCAUCAAUGAGUCAAAAUGGACGAAAUUAGAAUUUAUUACUGCACCUUUUGCACUUUGAAUGUGAUUGCAUGCUUGGAAUGCAGGAUUGAACUUGAGUUUUUCAGAAUAUCAUUCAGUUUGUCAAAUGAUAAUAAAACAUCUGUGAAUGCCAGAA